AUGCAUCCAAGCAUAGAAAGUUAUUUAAAAUCAGCAUCAAUAACCUUAUUUAAGAUUCUAAUCUGCUGUCUAUUUAUUUCUCAGACCUCUAUUAUAUAAGGAGUACUUAUUUACCUUCUAUUUGAUCAAACAAUUCAUUGGUACUUGGAGAAAUAUCUAAACAUUAUAAAAGUGCAAGAAGGAGAGGAUAACAUAUUUUAUAGAGCAAAUCUUAUGACAGUCUAUCACGUAAUUACAAAAACUAAAAUCAAAGAUUUGAAUAGUAUCAAAAUGCAAAUUAUAAGAAACACUUAAGGAAUACCAGAAAUGCGAUCUAAAUUGGUCAAGGUAUUUAAUAAUUUCUACUACAUAAAAUUAAGUGAUGAGGAAUUUGAACAACAUUUAGAUCGAGCUAUUUCAUAAAUUCCUGAAGAUUUUGAAAAUGAAUAAGCGCUAAUAGAUUAUAUAGCAAAUCACUAAAUCAGGGAUUUACCGAGAGAAUCAAUCUAAUAUAGAGUUAUGGUAAAGCAAGAUUUCAACUCAAAUUAAUCUGCAGUAGUUUUCGCAUUUUAUCAUGGAUUAACUGAUGGAGUAGGAUUCUUGAAUUUGCUUUGUGCCUUACAAGAUGAAUUUGAUUCAAAAAAUCUACCAUUUGUUAGAUAAAGAUCACUCAAUGAAAGCAUCAGAAGAUAUAUUACUUGCAUUUUUGGUAUCUUUAUUUACUUAAAAAACUAACCUCAAAAGUAUCAAGAUUCUCAAUUAUGCUAGAUAGUAAUGAGUAAUAAGCCUAAGAUUACUAUUUCAAAAGAUAUGAGAGUCGAUUAACUAAAGUAAAACAUAUGUAGAAGAUUUGGAUGUUCUAUCAAUGAUUUACUUACAGCUGCUAGUAUCAUUGCGAUGAGAGAUUACUGUCUAGCUAAUAAUAUUACAGAUCAUAGUUUAUUCCAAGGAAUGAUCGCUGUAAAUCAGCGCCCUUCUGUCUUAAAAAAAUAAGACAUCAGACUUUACAACAACUUAUGUGCUAGUCAAUAUAAAAUCAACUUUGCAAACUUGCUAAGCUCAAAAUCCAUGAAUCUUAGUUUUGAUUAGCAAUUUAAAGAAGCAUUGAGUUUAGUGAAAGAUUAAUUUUAUGCUCUCAAAACUUAAGAUACUGGUCUAAGCGAAAUAAUAGCAUUAAAGAUUAUUGCUUAUUUUCUUCCUGACAUAGUCAUAGAGAAAAUGAUAGAUUAAUCACUUAUUCCAGUGAGGAAAGCUUGGUCGAAUCUUAACGGCUCUCCAAAACCAUUAAUAAUUGGAGACGCCUAUUCAGAUAAGAUGAUGUUUUCUUCUUAUGCUGACUUAAUUGACAAUAUGAUUUUUAAUUCACUUUCUCACAAUGGCUAUCUGAGAAUGAGUUUAGGUACUUAGUACUCAAACUUGGAUUCAAAGUCAUUUAUGGUAUGCUUUGACACUAUCAUAGACAAGCUAAGUUCUUCAAAUUGA